AUGGCUAGAGGCAGGAAGAUGUCCAAGCCCCGCGCGGUGGAGGUGGCGGCGGCGGCGGCGGCGGUGGCAGCGACGGCCCCGGGCCCGGAGAUGGUGGAGCGGAGGGGCCCGGGGAGGCCCCGCACCAACGGGGAGAAUGUAUUUACCGGGCAAUCAAAGAUCUAUACCUACAUGAGCCCGAACAAAUGCUCUGGAAUGCGUUCCCCCCUUCAGGAAGAGAACUCAGUUGCACAAUACGAAGUCAAAUGCCAGGGGAAGCCAUUAGCCGGAAUCUACAGGAAACGCGACGAGAAAAGAAACUCUGGGAAUGCAAUACGAAGCUCCAUGAAGGCCGAGGAACAGAAGAUCAAAGACGCCAGGAGAGGUCCCCUGGCACCUUUUCCAAACCAAAAAUCUGAAGCUGCAGAACCUCCCAAAACCCCGACCUCGUCUUGUGAUACUCCCAAUGCAGCCGCUGCCAAGCAGGCCCUGAAAAAGCCUGUCAGGGGCAAACAGGCCCCCAGGAAAAAAGCUCAAGGGAAAACCCAGCAGAAUCGCAAGCUCACAGAUUUCUACCCUGUGCGAAGGAGCUCCAGGAAGAGCAAGGCUGAGCUGCAGUCUGAAGAAAGGAAGAGAAUAGAUGAGUUGAUUGAAAGUGGGAAGGAAGAAGGAAUGAAGAUCGACCUCAUCGAUGGCAAAGGCAGGGGCGUCAUUGCCACCAAGCAGUUCUCCCGGGGUGAGUUUGUGGUGGAAUACCACGGGGACCUCAUCGAGAUCACCGACGCCAAGAAGCGGGAGGCUCUGUACGCCCAAGACCCCUCCACGGGCUGCUACAUGUACUAUUUUCAGUAUCUAAGCAAAACCUACUGCGUGGAUGCAACCCGAGAGACGAAUCGCCUGGGAAGACUGAUCAAUCACAGUAAAUGUGGGAACUGCCAAACCAAACUGCACGACAUCGACGGCGUGCCUCACCUCAUCCUCAUCGCCUCCCGUGACAUCGAGGCCGGGGAGGAGCUUCUGUAUGACUAUGGGGACCGCAGCCGGGCUUCCAUCGAAGCCUACCCCUGGCUGAAGCAUUAA